AUGAAACUGCUGGCUGCCUGCUUCAUGUACCUGCUGCUCAUCUGUCUGAUAAUUGGAUCCAGCACAGAGGAGCCUAGGAGGUCGGUGAUGGUAUCAGUGGGUGACCCUGAUAUCGACCCUUCCUGGUAUAUGGGGCGUGGGAUGAGACCUGUGGGACGGUUUGGCCGGAGGAGAGCUGUCGUGGAGAGCUCCCAGAAGUCGGGCUCUGGACACAGGCAAGCUUGCUUCCCUCUAGAAGAAAGCAGUGAAUCCAUUCAAGAUGAAUGAAAUGGCUAAGACAAAGAAUGAAUUUGAAUGAUGAUAAGAAAAGACCCUUCUCUUCUCUCCCUUCCACAUCCCAGCCUCUCUUCUAGGCAAAUGAAAAUGUUUGGUCUCAUUUCAAUGUACAGUAUCUUUGUGGCUAUAAAUGAUAGAAACCAAAGAGCAGUUGAUAAC